AGAAUCGGGUCUCUCAUGGUGUUUGUCGCCACUGCUGCGAGGCCGGCCCGCUGCCACCCACUCUGGCUCCUAGGAUUUGUAGCGCUGCUGCUGCCCGGGGCUUGCGGUCAGUGUGGGGCCCUGCCAAGGCUGAGUCAUGCCCUCCCCUCUGAUACUAAUAGCACAGAGGGCUUCUCCAUCAACAGACAAGUGACAUACAAGUGCCUUGAGGGUUUUGUUAAAAUCCCAGGAAAGUCGGACACUGUCGUUUGCCUUUCAAACUCACAGUGGUCAAACAUCGAAGAGUUUUGUGGUCGCAGCUGUCCUGCUCCACCAAGGUUAAAGUCUGCUGUGUUAAGUGAUGAGGAUUUGAGGAAGAAUUACUAUCCUGCUGGGACCACUGUGAGUUAUGUCUGUCGCCCAGCUUAUGAGAGAACUGAACUGAGUCCUGUUACUACUUGCCUUGAAAAUUUAACAUGGGUGGAAGCCCCUGAGUUUUGUCUAGGAAAAUCUUGUGGUGUUCCAAAAAACCCAGAACAUGGCAGACCUGUUGAUGCAACAAAUAACCGGUUUGGUGCAAAAGUAAACAUACUUUGUGAUGAUGGAUACCGAGUAAGCGGGCGACCUUUCAUCCAGUGUUUGCUUAACGGAGAUCAAGUUGAAUGGAGUAAACUUCCAACUUGCCAAGCGAUUACUUGUUCUCCUCCUCCUAAUAUUACCAAUGGGAUGUACAAUGGCAGUCACCUGGAAAGGCUUGACUAUAACUCAUCGAUAACUUACAAAUGUGACCAUAAUUUUUCACUUACUGGAGAGGCCUCCAUUUACUGUACAACUAGAGAUAACAUCAAUGGAGUCUGGAACGGGUCUGCCCCUGAAUGCAAAGUCAUAACUACCCAGGACAAACCCACAACUGUCCCUCCCGAAGGAGCAGAAGUAGCUGGUACUGCCUCAGGUUCUGCACUGAACACAGCUGGCAACUCUACUGUACCUGAAGGUGGAGUCAUAAUUACCCAGGACAAACCCACGACUGUCCCUCCCAAAGGAACAGAAGUAGCUGGUACUUCCUCAGUCAUAAUUACCCAGGACAAACCCACGACUGUCCCUCCCAAAGGAACAGAAGUAGCUGGUACUUCCUCAGGUCAGUGUGGGACCCUGCCAACGCUCAGUCGUGCCAUCCACCAUGAUACUAGUCGCACAGAGGGCUUCCCUGUCGGCACAGAAGUGACAUACAGGUGCCGUGACGGCUUUUUUAAAAUCCCUGGACAGUCAGACACACUCGUUUGCCUUUCAAACUCUGAGUGGUCAACCAUUGGAGAGUUUUGUGGUUCUAGCUGUGGUGCCACACCAAUGUUAAAAUCUGCUGCCUUAAGUGCAGAAGAUGCAAAGAAGAAUUACAGUCCUCCUGGGACGACUGUGAGUUAUGUCUGUCGUCCAGGAUAUGAGAGCACCGAACUGAGACCUGUCAUUACUUGUCUUGAGAAUUCAACGUGGUCAGAAGCCCCUGAGUUCUGUAGAGGGAAAUCGUGUGGUGUUCCAAAAGGACCAGAGCAUGGCAGAGCUGUUGAUAUAACAAAUGACCGGUUUGGUGCAAGAGUAAACAUCAUUUGUGAUGACGGGUUCAGAUUACGCGGGAGGACUUUCAUCCAAUGUAUGCUGAAGGGGGAUCAAGUUGAAUGGAGUCAACUUCCAACUUGUGAAGCCUUAGUCAUAAUUACCGAGGACAAACCCACGACUGUCCCUCCUAAAGGAACAGAAGUAGCUGGUACUUCCUCAGAUUCCGCACUGAACACAAUUGGCCACUCUACUGAGCUGGAAGUCAUAAUUACCCAGGACAAACCCACAACUGUCCCCCCCGAAGGAGCAGAAGUAGCUGGUACUUCCUCAGGUUCUACACUGAACACAGCUGGCAUCUCUACUGUACCUGAAGGGGAAGGAACAACAAAAAAGAACCCAAAUUGUGUGUUUCUGCCAACACUGAAGCCAUCAGUAAACCUGAGUCCUACAUCUACAGUUAUCAUGAACAAUAUGGGGUCUGGCAUUGAUACACACUUUGGCAUUGCCGACAUCGGCCUCGGCAUCGCCGGCAUCGCCAUCAUCACCAUCGGUUUUAUCAUUUGUAUUUGUGUUAUCGUCAUUGUUUAUAUUCGAAAAUACCAAACGAAAAACCGUUCUUACAAUGUAAAUCCGGAUUCCCCAAAGCAUCAAAUUACAACAACACGAUUUCAAGUAUAAAUGGCUGAUGCCGGCUGAUGACUCUGGUUUACAAAUGAACAGACAUUGGAAGAAAAUCAUGGAAAAGUUAGGAAAUAAAUGUCAUACAUUUGUACUGAAAUUUCUUUAGUGAAAAUAAAACCCUUCUCAGGUAACUUUCACUACAACUUCUUUCUUCCAUUGAGCUGGACUUGUAGUAGGAAUCCACUGCAUUUGAGUAAAGCAGAAAGACCGGAGGUGGAUCAUUGCUCUUGCCCUUGAAAAUGGCUUCUGAAGCAAGCAAGGCAGUUGGCAGCAUCAAAAUUGCUUGCCCUUCUGAACAUACAGCUGGUUGCUUAUUUGGUCUCUCCAUAGUGCUAAAUGUUUCCCCUUAAAGAACAUAGUCACCAUCAGAGCGUGGCAUGGUUUGGAUUGUGAGUUGUGGCUUUAACUGCAGACAGCAAGAGAACCUCUUCCGAUCCCUAUUUACAAGCUUCCAUCAUGGAGUGCGUAUUACUCUUUUAAACACAAAUGUAAAGAUGCCAGACACUAGGUGGAAUGUUGUAGAUUCUUCAUAAAAAUAUCCAUCCUGGGUCAGACCAAUGGUCCAUCUAGCCAGGUGCUUCAAAGGGAAUGAGCAGAACAGGGCAGUUAUCGAGUGACCCAUCAUCCCCUGUCAGCCAGUUCCAGCUUCUGGCAAUCCGAGUAAGGACACUCAGAGCAUGGGGUUGUAUCCCUGGCCAUCUUGGCUAUCGUCUAUGAACUUAUCUCAUUCUUUUUUGAAUCCAGUUAUAGUUUUGGCUUUCAUGUGACCUUUCUUCAGAUUUACUCUCCAUCUACGGAUUUUUUUUUAAGUGAUACUACAGAAAAAAGCCAACUUUUGUUACCUGCUCCACAAUGUGUAUUCUUACCACAAGCUUGAUAUCUAGUGUGUCUCCCCUAAGAGAAAAUUAAAAGUAAUGUGAAUUUA